AUGCUUAAAAAAUUAAAAUAGUAAACUAAGGAUGCCUUUAAUAAACAUUUUGGUAAGGAUCAAUAUAAAGAAAUGAAAGAAGAAGAAUUUAAUAACAAACAAGAUUUUUCAAAAUCACCCCAUAAUUUCCAAAAUUAAAUUAAAUUAGAUUAAUACAUAGAUCAGAGUGAUUAAGCUAAUUGUAUAAAAAUGAAUUUUAAAUAGAAAAUCAAAAUUUUGAUAAAAAUAUAUCUGAGGUUCCUUAAUUAGAUUUCAAUAAAGCUCUAAUACCUGAAGAAUUGAUUCAACAAAUCUAAGAAUAAGAAAUUAAAGAAAUAGCAGAUGAAUAAGCAAAGAAAAAAUAUGAAAAGCCAAAAAAAAAUGAUGAAAUUCCUGAUUUUCUAAAUUAAAAAAUAUGUUUAGAUGAAAAUGGUGAUAAUUAUUAUGAAGUAGCAGCAAAAAAAGCAAAAGAGCAAAAUAAUACUUUAUUUUAGUUGAAGGCUUUUGUAUCUAACUAAGCAACAACUGCAAAAAAAUAAGUCAAAGUAAUAAAUUAUAACUCCAUUUUUAGAAAUAAUUAAAAAAAUUGGACACACAUAUAAAAAAUAAAAUACUUGAAAAAAAAUAACAUAUCAACAUUUGGAUUGCAGGAUAGGUUGAUGCUUAAAUUGUAGGUUUAAUGAGUAGUAUAGAACCUAAAAUAACAAGUAGUGUAAAAAAAUCUGUUCCUUAUGAUUUUAUGUAAGAAAUUUUUUAGGAUACUGCAAUUAAUUUAUGGAAAGAUUUCACUGAUUUAAUUAGAUUAGAAUUAAGAGCAAAAUUAUAAACUAGUAAAGUAGAAAUUAAAAAAAGGGAUUCAAAAGGAGUAAUUUAAUAAUUUAGAAAUUUUAUUCUAUAUUCACUCUAUCCAGCAGAUCUCACUAAUCGUGAUCAUAUGAGGAGAAUCUCAUAUCAAAUUAUGAAAAUAUCUUAAUUACUUCCAUAUAUGGGUAUUUAACCUAUAAUGUUUAUUAUCAUUCUCUUAUGCAUUAAUAAAGUAUUAACAAAUCAUUAUUAAGGAUGAAGAAUUUUAAUUAGUCAAUUACAUUUCUGAUUAUAAAUCUAUUUAAUUUAUUACUAAUGGCCUUAUUCCAUGUUUUCUAGCUUAUUUUCAUUAUUUAUUCUUUGAUUAAGGACCUGGAAGUCAUCAUUAAGUUCAUAUACUUAUUUUUACAUUAAUUGUUUAAUUUUUAACAAUUUGGAUAGCUUACUUUUUUUUAAGAAAAUCUUAUUCAAGAGGAACUUUUUUAAAAGAAUAAUUGACAAUUACAUCAGAUUCAAAAAGAGGCCGACUUAAAUAUUUUCUAAUUUAUGAUCUUAUUACCUUUCUUAUUUCAAUAAUACUUUCAAGUAAUGAUUUAACUAUUUUAGUAAUCUUGUAUAUUUAUAAAAUUAAGGAUAGUCCUACUUAAACAUUUGGAGAUUUGUUAUUUUUUACAAGAACUAUCUAUGCUUUAUUUUCUAUUCCUUUUGUCUUUUUUAUUAUACCUUUUUUUGUUAAAAUGCUAACAAAUGCUAUUCCAACUGGAUAUGAUAAAUAUGGAAAUUGUAUUCCAUCUUUGAGCACAAUUUAAAUAUAAUACAAGGAAACUAAAUUUAAUAGAUAAAUAAUUGUUGAUAUUGAAGAAAUCCUUGAAAGAGAUAUAGAGGAAGAAAAUUAAAAUAAAGUAGAAAAAUAGGAAGAAUAAAAAUAAAAUGAUGAAGAAAUAUAAAAUGAAAAUGAGUAAGAAAAGUAAAAUAGUAAAAAAAAAAGAAAUAAAAAGGAUUUAAAAAAGACAAUAGGAUGA